UUAAAGUUUUAUAAAGAAAAAUAAUUCGGUAGUGGAAAAGAAGAAACAUUUUCUUCCAUUAUUCCUACUGAAAGCAGUGUAGAAGUGUCAGGACUAGUGAUGACCGGAAUCAUGACUGUAGUGUAACAGUAAAUCACAGCUGGAGUACAGUCUAAAUUUCAAUUGGUUCAGUUGGUUGGUGGCUACGUUAUUGUUGAUGCUGUAAUAGAUUGUAGCAGAAAUGAGCGAUGUUCCAAUAACUACACUCGCAGGUCUUACCAGCCUCUCGGAUCUGCUGAGUGAGCUUCCAAUAUCGGAUUCACUGUCGGUGUCUGCAUCACUAAACCGCUCGCUACUGUUCCAUCCCCGAGUGGCCGAGGAAGCGAAUAAUUUACUCGCCACCCGCGACGACGCCCUGACGGCCCAGCUCGUUACCGCGAUCGAGCAAACGAAUUCCGAUACGAUCGAGCUGAAGGAUCAGUAUCCGCAACCGUCCGCUAAUGGCCCCGCGAACGAUGGACCUUCACUGUUACAGGCGAUACAUGCCUGCCGGCCGAACGUCUUCAAAAGUCCCUACAAUUCGCAGUUACACCAAAUGUUCAGCAGUGCCGUUGCGCUUGGUGCCGGGAAUCAGCAGCAGCUGGUGGCGCAACAACAGAAACUAACUCCAACAUCACAGACACAGUUUUACAACCUUCCCAAUGAGAGUUACACCAAUUCAGUUCAGCCACAACAGACGUAUACGCAGCAACAACAAGCGCCAGUCGAGCAAUUGCAAUCCGUGUUUCAAAAUCAACAUGACAUUCAGCAUACGCAGUACCAUGCUUCACAACAAGCGUUUCAACUAGUGCAGCAGCAACAACAGCAGCCCCAGUUGUUGCCACAGCAAACGCAGCUGAUUCAGCAACAAUUCCUCUUUACAACCGAUCCAAAUCAAUCGAUCCCUCCAUCCUCCCAGCAAACCGUUAUCCGGCAACAACAGCAACCGAACGUUGUAGCCGCCUUCUCCGCCUCCACCCUUCCCACACAAGAUGGCUCCCAGACCCUAGUGAUGGGACACCUACCGAUCGCCGGCAUCUCUCAGCAACAAGUCAUUAAUGUUCAAAAUGUUCCGUACUCGUCCAAUCCUGCAGAGCAUAAUCAACUGCAGCAACAACAGCAGCAACAGCUCUUCCAACAGCAGCAGCAGCAGCAGCAGCAGAUACAACAGCAGCAGCAACAACAAAACAAUCAAAAUGUGAUCGUUUCUCACUCGUCAGCAGUAGUGCAGAGUCAGCAUGUUCAGUCCUUACCAUCUUUGGUCGAUUCGCAGCAAAGUGUGAUCCAACAGUCGGCAUCGUUUUCGUCGUUGAAUGCUAGUGGAGGACCGUUGACGGUUUCAGCGAACAACAGCCAGGCAACGAUGCUGCAGCAAAAUCAUUUAAACCCACAGCAACAGCAUCCAAAUGUGAUAAAUCAAACGAAUAAUAAUAUACAUAGUGCCUCAACCCAGCAGCACCAAUAUCAGCCAGAACAGCAGCAUCUGUCUAAUCACACUUUGAUCGCGCAAGUCCAGCAAACAUCGCAAUCUCAGCAGCAGCAGCAGCAGGUUCAGCAAUCUCAUCUAAAUAAUGGUAAUCCGGUCGUCCCUCUCAGUAUGAACCAUCAGUCGUACCAACAACCAGCCCUGCAGCAGCAACAACAACAAUCGCAGCAGCAGCAGCAGUUUAACAUGGCUAGCAAUCUUGCCAAACUCCCCGAAACCGCGCCGCGGAACAACGAGUAUUUACAGCAGCAACAAAGCAAGAAUUUGGAUGCACGGGGGCGACCAUCACCGGCUCAGGGCAGUACCGCACCCGAAACGGUCCCGGUGGCACCGCAGCAGUCGCCAACGUCGACUUCGAUCAACUUGCAUCACCAGGCGGGCACCACCGCCAUGAAAGGUCCACCGCAGCAGGCGCAGACGGCUGGCGGGCAUCGUUAUCCGAUGCCACUGCUAACGCCGAACAAACCGCGUCCACCCGGACCUGGUGGUGGAGGAGGAGUAAAUGUCGGUCAAGCAGCGAGCACCAGUCCCGCCGUCAUUCGUCCCAUCGGCGUCAGUGGAGCGUUAAUUAGUAGUGCCGUCGUAGCUGCACCGAACCGGCCGAUGGGAGCAGCACAAACCACGAUGGGGCCUGCGGUCAGUGCAAUCAAAGCACCACCAACGCCGCCGAUCGAUCCGAAGGUCCUGUUCCGGAUGGUACCGAUCAGCGAAGUGAACAGCGUCAAGUUGUGCAAACUGAACGUCUGCCUCGAUCGGUUGACCGACAAGCAGCUCAGUUUGCUGCAGACCGAUUUGAAGCAGUUCGUGAACGAUGAGCCCAAGCUAGCCGUGCGGAUGGGGCUUGUGAAGAAAUCGUAUGAUCAAAUCUUCACGAAGAUGAAGGAGGAAACACGCGGCACCGGCUGGUGGUCGAACAAGCGGAAGGCCCUGGAUCGGGCCGAGGAAAAUCCGGAGGACUACCUGAGCAAACCGAAGGUGCGGCGUGUGGAGCGACCGAUGAUGGCGCCGGUCGUGAAAAAGCUCAGCAAAGAGGAAUUGAUGGCCACCAGCACCUACCAGCGGUUCGUGGCGUUGAUGAACAAAAUUUUCGAUCAGCUCGAUGAAACCGAAGCCCCGUCGGCGGACGAUGGCGAUGGGGAGCAGUACGAAUGUAUCCCGACCGGGCUGCUAAACAGCGUGAGCAGUGAGGCGGCCAAGCUGAAAGUUCGUAAUGCGAUCGACGCGAUACCGGAGAACAAACUUACCCUACUCAUUUCGUACGCGAUGCGAUCGGUCCAUUCGGCCAAGAACCUCAACGGGUGCGAGCUGCAGGACGACAUGGUCGGCGAUGAGUGCUUCGAAAAGAUCCUGAACGCGGUCGAAGCGUCGCUGCUGAUCUGCUGUCUGUACACGAGCAAGAGCACAAAAUUUCUGCAGGAGGACAACAUUGACGCCAUUAUCAAAUUUGUGCAGUUUCAGCUUCGCGAAACCCUCUUUCCCUCCUACGAUCCGGUGUACUCGGUGGAAACGAAGCGGAAGGGCGGUGGUGAUGGAAAGCGGAAGAAGGCGGUUACGUACCAGCAGAAAGGAAUCUCCACGCUCUACUCGAAGAUCGUUGAGCUGUCGAAGCAGCUGGUGACGAUGUUCGAGCAGUUCCACUUCGUCGAUACGAUCGUGAUCCACGCGUCCUCACUCGGCGUGGAACCGUUCUUCGUGGACAACAUCGAGACACUGCAGUUCGUGUGUCUCGAUCUGGUGACGACGAUCUUCCAGAACGAAAAGUAUGCACACCACCGGCGAAAUAUCGUGUCGGACAUACUGACGUCGUUCGAUCGGUUACCGCACUCCAAGCGAAAUCUGCGCCCGUACAAGCUGGUGAACAAUGGAGGCAACAUUCAGAUGAUGACGGCGCUCGUGCUGCAGUUGAUUCAAUCUUCCGUGAUUCUUCCGGAUACGCUCGGUGUCGAUGGCAGUGCCGGAGGGAAGCAGCGAGCAAACAACAACUCGGCAAACCCGGCCGAUCCAUCGCAACAGCCUGGAGGCGGUGGAGGCGGUGCAAAAAGUACUGAUCUUUUCAUCUUCGGCAAGUAUAACACGGCGCUGAGCAUAGGGGGGAACUUCCUGACGACGUUCCUGGACAAAUGCAAGAGUCGAUCGAACGAAACCGACUUCCGUCCACUGUUUGAAAAUUUCAUUCACGAUCUACUGACGACCGUGAACAAACCGGAGUGGCCGGCGGCCGAGCUACUGCUCAGCCUGCUCGGCACGAUGCUAGUGAAGAAGAUGUCGGACAAGAGCGUGGAGCAGUCGAUACGGGUUGUUUCGCUCGAGUAUCUCGGCAUCGUGGCGGCCCGGUUGCGCAAGGACACGGUCGAGUCGCGCUGCAAGGUGAAGACGAUGGACACGCUGAUCCGGUACAUCAAAAUCGAACAGGAGAAGGAGGGCGACGAACCGCUGAGCAACAGUAAGUUUCAGCUCGACGAGGAGGAAGAGCGGACCGAGUUCCUGCAGAAGAUUCUGCUGGACUUUCUCGCGGUGAACGCGCAUGAGGGCAACGUGGUGUGGAACCACGCGCGCCAUUUCUACAUCACCCAGUGGUACCGUGACCUGAUGCAGCGCAAGAAAAAGAUCGCCGAAGGUGAGAAGGGUUACGCGUCGCGUAAAAAGGCGGCCUCGCUGAAGAAGCGGAAAAAGUACGCAAGCGACUCGGAAGGCUCGGAUGGCGGCGGGGACGAUUCGGACGGCGGUGGUGACGACACGAACCGCGAGCUGCGCGAGGGCCAGGUGGACCAGGAGCUGAACAGUGAAAUAUUCCGGAUGCUGGACACCCGGAAGCAGUACUAUCUCAGCCAGGUCGCACCGUUCCAGCGGCACGGCGGCGGCGCUCGAAUGGGUGCUGGUGGGGCUGGAAGCUACGAAAUAAAAACCUACAUCGACUAUAGCAACGCGAACCUGAUAGCGCAGUACUUAGCGAGUAAGCGGUCUUUCUCGCAGAGCUACGACAAGUAUUUGCAGAAGAUCAUUCUGGUGGUACGGGAGCCGGUCGUUGCGAUACGGACGCGAGCGAUGAAGUGUCUGGCCAACAUCGUCGAGGUCGACCAGCUUGUGCUGGCGCGCAAGGACAUGCAGAUGGGCGUACAACAGAAGCUGCUGGAUACGGCCAUCUCGGUGCGGGAAGCGGCCGUCGAUCUGGUGGGAAAGUACAUCCUUUCCGAUCCGGAUCUUAUCGAUCAGUAUUACGAAAUGAUAUCGCAGCGGAUACUGGAUACUGGUGUUUCGGUGCGCAAACGGGUAAUAAAAAUCCUCCGGGACAUCUGCAUGGAAUAUCCGGCCCACGAAAAGAUACCGGACAUUUGCGUGAAGAUGAUAAGGCGCGUGAACGACGAAGAAGGUAUCCAGAAGCUGGUGAUGGAUGUGUUUAUGACGAUGUGGUUCACGCCGUGCAAUGAUAAUGAUAAGGCUGCAAUGCUUAGGAAAAUUACUCAAAUUAUAGAUGUCGUUUGUUCGUCGCACGAAACUGGAACACAAGGAUUCGAUGCUCUGUUGAAAACGAUUUUCGAACCAAAAGAAAACAAAGAGGAUUCGAAGAUGAAAAAAGAAAUUCCGAAAACGCUCAUCAAGGCGUGCCAGCAAAUUGUUGACGGGCUGGUCGAGGCAACCUUGCGCCUGGAGGGUGCCGAGAAUCCGCGACUCGUCGGCUGCAUAACCGCGCUGCAUCUGUUCGCCAAAAUACAGCCCCAGCUGCUAGUGAACCAUGCCAUCACGUUGGAACCAUAUCUCAAUAUGCGUUGUCAGAAUUCCAUCAUUUCGAAAUUCAUCAGCUCGAUAGCGGAAAUUCUGGAACAGGUCGUUCCACUGAUGGACCAUCCCAGUGAAGUAUUUCUGGCAGAUCUCGAAUCCCAUCUAAUGAUGCUCAUCGUGACACAAAGUCGUACGAUUGUGCUCAGCUGCGUUUCCUGCUUGUCGACGGUUGUAAACAAAAUUACGAAGAAUUACAAACUGAUCCGGGAUUGUUUUUCAAAACUGUACUACAAAGGUUUGGUGUGCAUCAAGGAAAAGCUCACAUCGUCCAAAAACUCUAUACCAAUCGAACAAUUCUUUCGACCACAGUUCCGGCGUAGUAUAUUCACGGUGGGUUUGAUCAUGCGAUACUUUGAUUUCAAACUGCCGGAAGUGUACGGCGCACAGGAUAGCAGUCAAGACGCUGGCAGUCAAGGUUCGACACUACCAGCCAACAUUUGCGAGGAUGUGUUCGAUACGCUGGCCUUUUUUCUCUCCUGUGCCCAUAGCGAAAUCUGCAAGGAAGCUCUCACGUCCAUGGGGAACUUUUGUGUUAAGAACUACGAGUAUCUCAUGAAGGCGGAGCUGCGGGACUAUUACAACUACUUGCUGACGCAGGAUACCGUCUUGACGAACAUGAAAAUCACAGUACUGAAAAACAUUCUGAUGUAUCUAACGGAGGAGGAGAACAAAAUGGUGCGAAAUGAUAAAGAAUGGUCGAAGCAGUCGCAAACGGAAGAUCUGAAGGAAAUGGGCGACGUAUCGUCCGGCAUGGCAAGUCGUGUGAUACAGAUUUACCUGAAGGAGAUCUUGCGGAGCUUCCUCCAUCGCGACAGUGGUGUGCGCAUGUGGGCAAUGCGAGUCAUCGAGAUCGUAUUGCGGCAGGGCUUGGUCCAUCCAGUACAAAUAGUUCCUUAUCUUAUAUGCUUAAGUACAGACCCAGAGAAGGAGGUGGCACACAGUGCCGAUCGGCAUUUGCAGGAGAUCGACAAGCAGUAUCCGGGCUUUGUAAAUAUGAAGUCGCACGCCGGCAUGCAACUUUCGUACGAGCUGCAGGAGCUGCUACAGCGGCGCGAUGAGGCCAGCCUUGUGCGGGGCUAUCGGGUGAGGGAUCCGCAGGAACCGCCGUCGGCAAUGAACAGCUUCCUGUAUACGCUGCUUCGCGGUACGAAACCUCAGCGACGUGCGCUUAUCCAGUCGAUUACGAAGCAGUUCGACGAUGGUAAAAUUAGCCUGCGACAGAUGUUGUAUCUGGCGGACAAUCUGGCCUACUUCCCGUACGUGGUGCAGGAUGAACCGCUGUACAUUAUCCAUCACGUGGAUGUGCUCAUCUCUGUGACCGGUACGAACCUGUUGGCUUCGUUCCGUGAGGGACUGAAACCGUUGCCUGGAGCUGAGUCAAACACUGUUCAAGCUCCAAACCCCUUGGAAGACGAUGACGACGAUGACCAAGAAGCAAUAUUAAAUCGCCUACCCGAGGAUACUUCCGACCUAGAUAACUGCAUUCGAUCAGCCCAAGGCUGUAUGCUUCUCCUCAUACUCAAACAACACCUGAAGGACAUUUACGGCAUCACCGAUAGCAAAAUUUCACGCUACUCUCCUUCGGAAACCGGUAAAAUCUACGAUAAAGCCAUGCAACGAAGAACGAAUUCAAUGUUUGACCCGAAGGCGACGAUAACGCUGCUGAAGGAGAACCGUACAACGGGUGAUGCCAAGACUGAUCAAGACCGGGUCGAGUUGGUACAACGAUACUUGGACUUCAAACAGCUUAUGCUGAAGCUAGAUCCGGAUGAUCCGGAUCUCCUGGAUGACGACGAGAAACCGAACUCCGCGGCUGGAACGCCAGUGAAACAAAAUCCUGCUGCAUCUGGUAAUAUGCCGUCGCAGGAUGUGACCAAGGUCGCCGCACAAUAUAACCACACAGCAGAUGGAACAAGCAAUAACGUUCACGUGAACAACGUGAACGUCGCCAGCGUUCCGGCAACGCAGCAAAAUGAUGUUACGAAUCGACCGUCGGCGGCGUAUCUUGGAGUCGGUAGUGUCACGCCAAAAACGCCAAAGUCAACGUCGAACCGACAGGCGUCGACAGGAGCGCGUAGAUCCGCGGCCGUGCCGACACGUGGUACGAAGAAGAAAAAACGAAAACUGUCCAGUUCCGAAGAGGAUGACAGUGAUGCCAGCGAAGGUGAUUACGAUUAGAGAGUCACAAAAGAUUCUGAAAAUCCAAUCUUGUGUAGCUCUAUCGGCCGAAACGGAGAUAGGGCGACAAACCAUACAAGUACCUCAUGUAUGCACCAUUUUAUCACGCUUCAUUUAGUUUAUUUGGACGUUACUGAAUGGCUUGCUGCUUAUUAGCUGAACAUAAGCUUGCAUUCUGAUUGCUUCCCCCCCAUUCCAUUCAAUUUGUUUUUGUUCGUUUUUCCUGUUCACCUAUAUUUUGCACUGUAGUCACUAGUAGUCCCUAUCAAAAAACUGUUCAACAGCAUUAAUCGAAUCAAAUGGAAUAAUUUCAACUACCGUUAGAAAUACGGUUGCAUUUUAAUCAGAUCUUUCAAUUGCAUAUCUACCUUUUAUUGAAAUAAAUGUAACAUUUUCUUUGCUUUAACCAUAGACCAAGCUUCUACCGCCCAAAGGAAUGAUUUAAAAUAAUGAACCGCACGAGUUUAACAAUGUUACAGAUAACGUGUUUGGAUCUUUUUAUUUUUCCAAUCGAAUUAAAAACAAACACACACAAACAAAAAACCCGAUAUAAAAUUAACCGAACAUGAAAUGUGAAACCUUUUUGCUGUGAAACGUUGGGACAAACAAACAGAGAAAAAAAACUAGAAACAAAAACCCGAGAGUAGAUGCAGAAACCGGAAAAUGAAGAUUAAAAAGCGCUCCUUUGCGGUUACAAGGAGAUGGACAAACAUAUUGAAAAAAGAGAGAGAUGGUUUUUUAAAAAUUUAUCGGAAUAUUUAUAAACUGUUUGAAAGCUUUGGUAGAACUCGUGAAGGCGGAGGGUGGGAAAUCGAUCCGCCAGAACAAAUUGGAUGAAAUGAUAUUAAUUAAAAGAUAUAAAAAAGAAACAAUGACGUAGGGGAGUGCGAGCGAACAACAAAUUAAUUACGAUGGUAACACAACAAAGACUUGAGAGGACAUUAAACUUAUAUAUACAGGUGGGGAUGUGAGAUAAAGAAAUAUGGGAUCGUGCGUACGGUAACCGUGCUCCUAGAGGAUGCGAAAUGGUGUAUAAUUUGCGAGCAAAGUUUCGUACCACAUAGAUUUAAAUGCCACUCUGCUCGUCCCGGUUCUCCGUUCACGGCGAGGAUGGUCAUGAUUGGUGUGUUUCUUACAAAAAGAAUCUGUACCGGUCAGUUUGAAGCAGCAACAGAACUUAGGGGCGUAGCGCUACAUUACAAGAAAAGCAAAAAAAAAACCAUCGAUAGAAGUUUGUGCGAAGAAGUAGUGCGAAUCCUUUGAGAUGAAAGAAAUAAUUUAUCUUACAUA